ACCCAGCACUACAGAGUAGACAUUCUGAAAAGGAGGCACUGAGAUGGCUUUCUUCAACUUACAUCUAUUAGGAUAUCAGCAUCCCCUUCGGAAUAAAAAGAAAACCACAACUGAAGAAACAGACCAGAAGGAUGCAGGGUCCUCAAGGUUUCCACCGAUUGUCUCCGAAGAUGGUAAUUACUCCGUACACUGGAAUAGCCACAAGCGCUAUCAGGAAGCCGUACGAAAGGUGUUGUUAAAGACAUUCCCCAAUCAGGUCUUUCGAGUCCCAGUGACCGAUGCUCAGAACUUCAGCUUCUGGUGGACCAACCAUUCAAGUGUGCGUCCAGAGAAAACCAUACCAUGGAUCCACUGUCGACGCCAUUGUCUUAUUAAAAGCCCGAUGACCAGAUAUAUGGAUCACUCUAUUCUCAACGACAAAACCUUCCCUCAGUAUUGAGGAGGACAUGCCUGCAGGACAAGAUGAAAACUGGAGGGAGGGCAAGGGGGAAUCGAGGUGGUAGGGGAAGCGAAAUAAACAAACUGAACUAAAA